AUGAACAACUUCAGGCGGUCUCGGGUAGACGCAGGUUGGUUCUCGGUCGGUCUCGCCUCCUCAUUUCCCGAUCUCGGCUCCGACGACGGCAACCUAUCAGAUCUUCGCUUCUGCAACACCGACCUGAAGCCGGGAUGCAAGGUGUUCCACGCGCCGAAAGCGACCGGCUCAGUGCAGCAGAGUACGGAAGUGGACAUCUCGCCUGAUGCGUUUGAGAGUGCCGAGAUGGAGGGCGACUUGAAGGACCAGGUGAUGGUGUUCCGGUUCAAGGGGAAGUUUCACGCGAUUGAUCAUCACUGGAGUAACCUGUCCGAAGCACAGCUGGUCCUUUGA